UCUCCCUUCUUCUGCUCCCUUCACACCCUAUUAUUCUCCCCUUUCUCUUUCUUUUUCUCCAAGUUUUUAAAACAGCCUUCUUUCUUCUUCUUUCUAGUUAAUGCACCUCACUUCUUAAUUAAUUGAUUAUUUUCCUAAGACAACCAAACAAAAAUGAGUUGCAAUGGUUGCCGAGUUCUUCGAAAAGGAUGCAGCGAAUCUUGCAUCUUAAGACCUUGUCUUCAAUGGAUUGACACCCCUGAAUCUCAAGGUCACGCCACUGUCUUUGUCGCUAAAUUCUUCGGCCGUGCCGGUCUCAUGUCCUUCAUCUCCAACGUCCCCGACUCUCAACGCCCUGCUCUAUUCCAGUCACUAUUAUACGAAGCAUGCGGCCGAACCGUGAACCCAGUAAGUGGCGCCGUAGGGUUACUAUGGACAGGAAACUGGCACGUGUGUCAAGCCGCCGUUGAAACCGUCCUACGUGGCGGAACACUCCGACCAAUCUCCGAAUUCCUUGUCGGAGCUCCACCAUCUCCGGUCCCGACAAUUGUUGACGCCGAUGACAAUUCCGAGGUUGUUUGUCCUUCCAAUUCUAACACCAACACGUGGCGGAAGCAGAUUGGUGGAUUAAACAUGAUGCACCAAGAUGUUAACAACAACAUUAAGAAAUCACGGUCAUCUCCACCACCUCCAAGGUUCACCAACAGUAAAAGGCGGAAAGAAGAAGAUGAUUAUCACGUGAAACAUCUCGAUCUAAGCCUUACACCGCCGACUUUUCUCCACGCGCCGCCGCAACAACGGCCGGGAACGCCGUCGUUGAACUCCGAAGAAUCGGCAACUACUGUCAGUUUCGAGAGUGAUAAUUACUACCAACCUAAACUCUUGAACUUAUUCGUCGGUUAAACAAAACGAAGCGUUUUGGUGGAGUAAAUCCAACUUAUUUUAACUUAGAUCUAUUUACAAUUUACCCUCUUUAAUUAAUUUAGUGGUGAGGAAAUUUUGUGUUUGAUUAAAAAUAAUCAAGUGGAGUGGGAUAAGAAGGUUAUUUUCGGAAAUUAGAUUUUUCCGGGAAGAUUUUUGUAAAUGACCGGCGGCAAAGAUUUCUCACCCUAAAAUGCGGGGAAAGGAAGAUGAAUGCUGGGCGGCGUCUAUUUUCUUCCUUUUUUUUUAAUUAUUUUUUUCUUUUUUUUUUUUUUUUUUUUAAUUUUGGGGUAAUUCGGGGUUUCUCAUUGGAUCUGUCACUUUUUUUGAUCUGUGACUAUGACUACGUGUAAGUUUACGUAUGAGUAAAAAUAAGAAUUGUAUUUUUGGCUCAAUUAUUUUAUUUA